AUGAGAAUAGCCACAGCCACACGAGUCUUAGCAGUCCUUGUGGGGCUGCAGCCAUCGGACCUCUUUCUCGAGCCUCAUCCCCCGUUCUCUGUUGACACCAACCUGUUUGGCCUGCCGGAUAGCCAGCUGCUCCCUGAUCCAUACACGUUCGAGUUUGGAUCUCAGAUCUUCCCGGAAGACCCCGCAGGCGCUGCAACCACCUCUAGUAUUAACCCCGUUAGCGCAGCUGCUGAGCAGCCUCCACCAGCGGGUGGGAGUCUCUUCCCCACCGGCGUCCCGCAAACCUUCCAGCAACCGCUUCUCUCCCAGGACGAGACCCUGGGCAGAUCGUCCCAAGGCACAGGUCUGGGAAUAGCUCCGGCUAUUGAUCCGACCCCGACGGACUCGUUGCGUAGUUGGCCCCAACCCCCAUUGCUUCCCCGAUCAACCAUUGUUGACUGGCCUGUGCCGCUUGCUCUCAGGUCUGACAAACCGCAGGCGCCCCCCAUGCCCAAGAAUGCAGCUUCGGCUGAUCGCCGCCAGGACAAGGCAGGUCCAUCUACAGAAACAGCCUCCGCAGCGCCGACGAAAUCGUCGCGGGGCCCUCCCAAGGCGACCCGGAAGCGGGCGAGAGUGGAGGAUGCUGACGAGGCAGAGACUGCCGAGGCCGGCGAGCAGUCUCCAGACCCAGCCAGAGAUGCUGAGCAAUCGAGCCAGAGAAAGAAGGCCCGUGGCCGGCCCCGUAAACGGCGACGCCAGCAAAUCCGCGAGGCGCAACGGGCCUACCGCGCGCGCAAGGACUCGGCGAUUACGGAUCUGGAGGAUAAGCUCCUCAAGGCCCACGAGAAGAUGAACAACAUGGCCAACGAGUUUUCAAAGUUCAUCGAUUUCGCAAACACCAAGGGCGCGCUGUCCAACAACAACGUCGAGGUCACACGGCGCUUACAGGAUAUCAGCAGCAAAUUCAAAACAAUAGCUUCCGAGAGCGCCAGCGCAGGCGUUGGCGCCGGCCACCCGCAAGCUGCAGAUCCGUCCGGUUCAAGUGUCGUGAGCCAUGGCACCGACGGCAACGGUCACAGACGCCUUCUGCCCCUGCUCAAGCCAAGUGACUCGGCCCACAGCUCGACUCCCAGCUUCGUCGAGGUGGCCCAGGCUCUGCAGAUCGACUCCUCCUAUGACAUUAUUACCCAUCCCACGCUCAGCAAUGCCAGCUUCCCCGACUACGACCCCAGCGCGCUGAUGCCCGAGGAUCUCGACCUCGAUGAAGAAGUCACAGUUGCAACUGCUUCCUGUUACAUGGAAGUAAUAGGCCCAGGUCUGCAGGCUCCAGUUUCGUAUGCCUACCAGGAGCUAACUUUCGGUCGCCGUCUACAGCGAAACAUCCUCGAACGUGGUUUGAGACUUGCAUUAAUGGGGUCUCCACCUCCGGCUAGGUAUUAUGCGGUAUUUGGAUUCUGUCUUCUCUUUGAAUCUCGAGAGUCGAUUGCCUGGCGUCUAAGGGACAGGCUCAUGGCUGCCCGGGGUGAAUCUCUCAACUAUUGGAGGGCCCCUUUCACAAACCUGGGCGGCGCAGGGUGGCACUACCCCAAUGCACAUGGCCAAUCCGAUUCCUCGAGUCACUCGUCAUCCGAGGCUCCCGUUGGCAACCAAGGCACCUUUGAGGCCUACCGGAAUCCGCAUAACACAGGGUUUUCGACGGGACCUUUUUGGGAUUCAGUAAUAGAGACAGGCAACUUUCGCCUCGGCCGGAGGCUGCAAAUGAUAUUUCCUGGCUUCACAGGUGAAUAUUUAGACACAGGUGAGAUUGAGAUUUACAUGCGUGACCGAGGCAUCCGCAUCCCCGCCAACGCAGACUAUGUGAGGGCCCAGGUCGACCUGGAUGACUUCAACGGCUCAGUCGAUAUCUUUGCUCACAACAAACCCCGUGACACCGGCCCCAGGUUGAUCGGCGGUCCCAACAUGGGCCCGACCCUAUUCAGAGACGGUUCAGCGCCAGGAGCCCCGGAAACCAACAGCAUCUUUCCGUUCAUGUGCCCAGCCAUCCCGACGCGACGGCAACCGCCUCCGCCUCCGCCGCCACCACCGCCACCACCGCCGUCCCGCAAGAUGACGGUAGAUAUAGACGUCACCGUCUUGGCAGAAGCAAUUGGUGGCUUCGCCGUAUGCCUGGGCCGAACUCCCGCGAUACGGCCGGAUCACCUCGAUAUAGCUCUCGACAGGGCAAUGUUUAACCGGACGCCAGCCUAUAAUCCAUUCGUGCCUGUUCCUCAAAUGGCAUAA